AUGUCAAGACUACAAAUACUUUUCAUAGUUGCAAUAUCGAUUAUUGGACCCCUAAAAACACUAGGAAGCGCCAAUAAUAACGCCGUAGAUUUAAAUUCAGUUUUAAACUUUAUACAGCAGCUUAAAGAGUCUUCUGAUUCGUCUUCCACUACUGAUGACAAGUCAGAGGAAUAUUUCACUGAAAGUGAUCACUCGACUAAUAAUCGCGAUGAAAUAUUGGAAAAGGAAAGAAUAAUUGAUUUAAUAGAAAAAGCUGCUAAAGAACAUAGAAAUAAAGUUGAAAAUGAUGACAGUGCAACAUAUCACAAAGAAAAACCAGACAGAGAUGAGUUAAACCAGUUAAAUCAAAAUGAAAAACUUAGUGAUACAUUUGAUAAUAACAUACGUACGCAGAUAUUAGCGAAACUACUUUCUCAAGACUUGAAUGAAGAAAGUAAAACGAAACCAAGGCUUGAUUAUACAAAGAAGAGAGUCAAACCAAAUAGCUUAUCGCCGACCCUGUCGGUAAACGAAGUAAAUUCCAGAAAUGACAAUGAAGUAAGCGGGUUAGAUAAUAAUUAUUCGAAAAUAUAUGUGGUAUUGAAUCCACUUGCCGUUGAAAAGAGCAAGAAUAAGAAUGCAUUUAAUGAACUGUAA